UUAUGAAUAGACUUGCAAAAUGUUUAGCAAACUAUGUCCCUCUUACACCACUCACUUUUAUCAAGAGGGCCUCCGCGGUUUAUUCGGACCGCACUUCAGUCAUAUACAACGGAGUUCACUACAACUGGAGCCAAACAUAUGAGCGAUGUUGCCGUCUAGCGUAUUCUCUCCGAUCGCUUAAUGUUGUCAAGAAUGAUGUUGUAUCCGUACUCGCACCAAACGUUCCAGCACUAUACGAGAUGCAUUUCGCGGUUCCAAUGGCCGGGGCCGUGCUUAACGCAAUGAACACGAGGCUAGACGCUAAAAACAUAGCCACGAUUCUCCGCCAUUCCGAAGCAAAGCUCUUCUUCGUCGACUAUGAGUUUGUCCCGCUAGCAUCUCAAGGGCUCCGAUUAUUAAUGUCAGAGCGCGUAGACAACAACACUUCAAACCAACCAACAAUGCCAAUGGUUAUCGUGAUCGACGACAUCAAAAACCCCACCGGGGUCCGCCUAGACAACAAGUUAGAGUACGAACAACUCGUUCAAGAUGGUAACCCACAAUACAAAGGCGAAGACGUUGAAGACGAAUGGGAUGCGAUCGCGUUGAGUUAUACUUCUGGGACCACCUCGGCCCCCAAAGGGGUGGUUAGUUCUCACCGUGCGGCUUAUUUGAGCACAGUGAGCUUGAUUCAAGGGUGGGAGAUGGGCACCGAACCGGUGUACUUGUGGUCCCUACCGAUGUUCCAUUGCAACGGGUGGACGUUUACUUGGGGUGUGGCGGCUCGAGGUGGCACAAAUGUGCUGAUCCGCCACACCACUGCGGAUGAAAUGUACAAAAGUAUUGCGAAUUAUAAGGUGACUCACAUGUGUUGUGCACCGGUGGUGUUGAACAUUCUUUUAGAGGCUAAAUCACACGAGCGUCGUGAUUUAGCCUCUUCUAAGGUUAAGAUACUCACGGGUGGAGCGCCGCCUCCUGCGGCGCUUCUCGAAAAAAUGGAAGAGUUUGGGUUCGAGAUAACUCAUGCUUAUGGCCUCACUGAGGCCACUGGACCGGCACUUGUGUGCGAGUGGUGGUCCAGAUGGAAUGAGCUACCUAGAAGACAUCAAUCUAGAUUGAAGGCUCGUCAGGGUGUGAGUAUACUCUCACUUUCGGAUGUGGAUGUUAAGGACACGAAAACAAUGGAGAGUGUUCCGCGUGAUGGGAAGACGAUGGGUGAGAUCGUGCUUCGGGGAAGUAGCAUCAUGAAGGGGUACUUAAACGAUGACGAGGAAAAUGCGAAAGCCUUCCGAGACGGAUGGUUCUUAACUGGUGAUGUCGGAGUUAUCCAUCCGGACGGAUACAUAGAAAUCAAGGAUAGGUUGAAAGAUGUCAUCAUUUCAGGAGGAGAGAAUAUAAGUAGCUUGGAAGUCGAGUCGGUUUUAUUUAAGCACCACGCGGUACUUGAAGCCGCCGUUGUGGCCAUGCCACAUCCACGGUGGGGCGAGAGCCCUUGUGCUUUCGUUGUGUUGAAAAACACAUGUGAAGCAACUGAACAAGAAAUCUUGGCAUAUUGCAAGAACAAUAUGCCAAGAUUUAUGGUUCCUAAGAAGGUAGAGUUUGUGAAAAGACUACCAAAAACAUCAACCGGUAAAAUCCUUAAGCACGAACUUCGGAAAGUCGCGAGAUACUUCUACACAAGAUAACUUUUGUGAAAAAAAAUUAUUUAAUCAUACUUUGUAACAAGACGCACCCUUAUAAAUUAUAAUCAAGAAACAACUAUACUUGUAAUGUCACGAUUUUGUAUAUUCGUUUUUAUGUGAUAGUAUUAAAGAGAACAUGCUAAAUGUUUUUUACUAUUAAAGAGAAUAAGCUCUUUGAUAAAACACACUAGCUUCUUGAUCCGAAA